AACGUCAGUGUAUCCUCCAACGAUCACUUAAUACAAAGUCCGCCGAGAAUGACUUCACAUGGAGGCUUUACCCCUGGACAGGUGGGCUGACAAUAAGACCUAAUCAACGGCGCAAAUUCAAUUCACACUCCACUCUAGAUUCUUCGCCAGCUCUCAGGAAGUUACCGCUUCAAAUCCUCUUGAAGAAGGGAGCAAAUCCAGGCCAAAGGCAAUUGAGAAUCAUCACACCCAUCACAAGAAGCAGAAGAAAGAGAAUAGGCGAUGCCAGGGUGGUGCAGAGUAGGUUCCCAAGGAGCCACCAUACCUCUUUUGAACACACCACAUCAUCAUUCCACUCCUCACAAAGAUACUCACGUUCCCCUUACAUCUGUCCCCUUCAAGCCCAAGCAAACUCAAAACUUGUCCAUAUCCUAUUGCUUCAAUGCCAACAAGGAUUUUCACAUCAGAAAACCACUUCUGAGAACUGCCCACAUACCAAAUCCACAGUCAAAGCUUUCCAGAGUCAGAACAGAGUACACGGAUAAGCUCAGAAAGUUUGCAAGUAUCCCAUACUUGGAGUUCGCACGUAGGAGAAGGGAAAUUUUGUUAUUGUCAUCAGGUGGGUGGUUAUGGAGGAUGAGGAGGAAUUACGGUUCAGAUUUGUUAGUGUUGCUGGCAGUUGGGUAUUGUAUUCAGGGAUUCAGGGGAUUUCCAUGGCUAGCUAUGAAUUUUUACUUGAAGGACAAACUCAUGGUAAAUCCUGGGACUUUGCAGUUUCUUCUGAAUACAGUUAACUUACCAAUGGUGGCGAAGCCUCUAUAUGGUAUAUUCUCUGAUGCUGUCUACAUUGGAGGUGCUCAUCGCUUGCCGUAUAUUGUUCUAGGAGGGUUAUUGCAAGCGGUUUCAUGGGGUUCAAUUGCAUUUAUUCCAGCUGCAGGCUCAUCCAUUGCUAUAAUGGCAGCCUUUCUUAUUCUUAGCAAUCUUGGUGCCUCAAUUGUGGAGGUGGCCACUGAUGCUUUGGUAGCAGAAUGUGGGAAAAAGCAUAAAGUUGAUUCAUCAGGGGAGCUUCAAUCAUUUGCAUGGAUGGCAUUGACUGCUGGCAGUGUUCUGGGUAAUUUGUUUGGUGGAAUUUUUGUGAGCCAAGUUGACGCAAAGACCAUGUUCAAUGUUUUUGUUUUAUUAUUGACCAUGCAAGUUGGUACUUCCUUGAUUGUCAGGGAAGAAUCGUUUGGUCUUGCCAGUGUUAGGGCAACUAAGAUUGCAGAAUGCCCAAACCCUAUUCAGACGAAGUUACACCGCUUCUCUUCUUUAAAGAAUUCAAUAACUGAUGUAUCUACAAAUAAUGUAAUUGGUCUGGGAUGGAGAGGUAGUUCCAUGGUGACAAGUUUUACAAGAAAGUUAUCUGACAUUGUGGAAAUUGUAAAGAAACCAGAAAUUGCAUACCCUCUUGUUUUCUUUGCUGCAUCUUAUGCAAUGAUUCCACUUCUCACAGGAACCAUGUUUUUCUACCAGACACAAUAUUUGAAAAUUGAUCCAAGUAUCUUUGGACUUGCAAAGGUGGUUGGACAGAUGGGUCUUAUGUUGGGAAGCAUCUUCUACAACCGCUUAUUAAAGAAGGUCCCAUUUAGAAAGCUAGUUUGUUCUGUGCAGAUUCUUCUGUCAGUGUGCAUGUUGUCAGAUAUUAUCCUUGUAAAGCAAUUGAAUAUCCAAUUGGGAAUACCAAAUGAAAUUUUUAUUUUUGGAGCAUCAGCUUUUGUAGAAGCUGUUGCACAGUUCAAAGUACUCCCAUUUACAGUGCAUUUUGCACAGUUAUGUCCUGCUGGCUGUGAAGGCUCCCUUAUGUCCCUAGUUAUGUCAACUCAUUGCUUGGCUAGCAUAAUGAGUGGUUACUUGGGGAUAGCACUUGUAUCAUUUCUAGGAGUUUCGUCUGAAAACUAUUCCCGGUUGCCACUGGGUAUUCUCAUCCAAUCUAUGGCAACAUUGGUUCCGUUAGUUUGGAUAUCAUUCAUACCCGAUACAAAGCCUGCUUCUGAACGCUGCAGGACAUAAAGGAAAGAUCUUAAAAGUCAAUCAAUUGUUCAGCUCGUAAGUCAGCUCCACAUUUCUUUAAAAGCUUUAACUGGAGAUCUUGAAUAUGAUAUUUAGAAGCAAGCAUUCAAAAAUUAGAUGCUUGUUUCUUCAUUUCAGUUACUGCAUGAUGCAAAAAAAAAAUGUCUAAAGCUCCUGAAUUUUUUACCCUUCCAAUGAAAGAACCUCACAUGGUAUGAUGUUCCAUGCGAAUGUGAUGAAAGGAUACACCAUUCCUUGUAUGAUGCUUUAUGGUGUCUCUGGUCUAUCAUCUUGAAUUGUUUUCACUUCACAACCUCUUGUUGCAAGUUGAAGCGUAUAUCAGGGAGGUGGUAGAUGGUGAGCUUCAUGGCAGGGCUUUAAAUUCUAUGCAUGUUAUAAGCUUCGACUCCUUUGUAUACACAUAUUUCUGCUUUCAAAACAAUUACUUCAGAAAGGUUUACUGAAUAAUGAUGAUAAGCACCGAAUGAAGCUCCUCCUUA